UUUUUUAAACCAUUUCUGGGCCAUUAAACAUGGGCCACAUCUAACCGUUCAAGCCCAGUUGCCCAAACGCGCCAUUUUGAUUCUCCAAUCAGCUCAGAAACCCUAGCCGCGGAGUCCACAUUGUUUCCGCACCCCAGAGAUCUCCACGCAGCAACAAUGGCGGAUGUUGAGAACGAGUUGGCGACGGGGCAGCCAAAGAAGAGGACGUUCAAGAAGUUCAGCUUCAGGGGCGUCGAUCUUGAUGCUCUACUUGAUAUGUCCACUGAUGAUCUCGUCAAGCUCUUCCCUGCCCGUGCCAGAAGAAGGUUCCAGAGAGGUCUGACGAGGAAGCCAAUGGCUCUGAUCAAGAAGCUGCGCAAGGCGAAACGUGAAGCUCCAGCUGGAGAGAAGCCUGCUCUCGUGAGGACCCACCUUAGGAACAUGAUCAUUGUCCCUGAGAUGAUUGGGAGUGUACUUGGUGUUUACAAUGGCAAGACCUUCAACCCGGUUGAGAUCAAGCCUGAAAUGAUAAGUCACUAUCUUGCUGAGUUCUCGAUAUCGUAUAAGCCAGUCAGGCAUGGUAGACCAGGUAUUGGUGCUACUCACUCUUCAAGAUUCAUUCCUCUGAAGUGAGAAUUGUGUGGUCAGAGCCAGCUCUGGUGGAGCUCUCCAUGUGGAGGCAUGAGGAGGAAAAACUCAGUUCCGAUUUCAAUUUUGUGCUAUUUUUCUUGCUAUCUUAAGCAUCUAAUCUCAUUUCCUGUUAUUAGUUGAGGGGGGAACUUGUGUGUGAAACAUGUGUUGGGGAAAUUUUAUGUGAGGAUGUUUAUUUUGUUAGACUUUCUUUGGAUUGACAAGAACAGUGUCAGCUCUUUUGUUGCAUUUGGCUACCUUUUAUGGUGGAUAUAUUUGAUUGCAUUGUUGUGGAAUCUUGAGAGGGUGCUUGAACAAGGAUUUUCCUAUAAAUUCUUAAUCACUUUUAAUCAGUCACUUUUUUAAAUUCAAA